GAACAGGAGCCCAGUUCUCACCAAACUUCCAUUAAGGACUUGUGGGCAGGAGGGAGCAGUCGGAGGUGGCAGCAGCCCGAGCAGCAGCCGGGAGCUGGGAGCCGGGGCAGGGAAGGCAGGAGGGCACGGUUCACAUCGGUCCGAAGCAGGGGCAGGAGGAGCUGGGCAAGGCUUACGGGACGCCGAGGCAGGAAGCCAUGGAGCUGCAGGGACCCCGAGUGCCCCUGGUCGCCCUCUCUUUCUUCCUGGGCUACACGCUGGCCGCCGCACGGGGCAAAGAAGUGGUACUAUUAGAUUUUGCUGCUGCUAAAGGAGAAUUAGGAUGGCUGACGUACCCCUACAACAAUGGUUGGGACGUGAUGCAGAACAUUAUGGAUGACCAGCCCAUCUACAUGUACUCUGUGUGCAAUGUCGAAUCAGGUGAGCAGGACAACUGGCUGCGGACCAACUGGAUCUACCGCAGCGAAGCUGAGAAGGUCUUCAUCGAGCUCAAGUUCACUGUGCGAGACUGUAACAGCUUCCCGGGCAGGGCCACCUCCUGCAAGGAAACCUUCAACCUGUAUUAUGCCGAGUCCGACGUGGAUUAUGGCACCAACUUCCAGAAGCGCCAGUUCAAGAAGAUCGAUACCAUCGCCCCCGACGAGAUCACGGUCAGCAGUGACUUCGAGACCCGCAAUGUGAAGCUGAACGUGGAGGAGCGUGCGGUGGGACCCCUGACACAGAACGGCUUCUACCUGGCCUUCCAGGACAUCGGGGCUUGCGUGGCCCUCCUCUCUGUACGCAUCUACUACAAAAAGUGCCCCGAGAUGCUGCAGAGCCUGGCCCGAUUCCCAGAGACCAUUGCCGGAUCUGAUUCAGCCAACCUGGCCAAGGUGGCUGGCACCUGUGUGGAGCAUGCAUUAGUGGCACCGGGUGGCGAGGAGCCCACGAUGCAUUGCAAUGUUGAUGGAGAGUGGCUGGUGCCCAUCGGGCAGUGUAUGUGCGAGGCGGGCUAUGAGAAGGUGGAAGAAUCCUGCCAAGCCUGUUCUCCUGGCUCCUUCAAGUCUGAUGCUUCAGAUAGAUCCUGUACCCAGUGCCCCCUGCACACUCUGCCUUCCCCUGAGGGUGCCACGAUCUGUGAGUGUGAAGAGGGCUAUUUCCGAGCUGCAGAGGACCCUGCAUCCAUGCCCUGUACCCGUCCUCCCUCUGCCCCUCAUCACCUCACUGUCAUUGGCUUGGGGGCCAAGGUAGAACUUCGUUGGAAGGCUCCCCAAGACACGGGGGGCCGGGAAGAUAUUACCUACACUGUUACCUGUGAGCAGUGCUGGCCCGAGACUGGGGAGUGCCAGCCCUGUGAGCCCACUGUGCGCUACUCACAGCCUCCCCAUGGACUGUCUGGCAACAGCCUGAUUGUCAGUGACCUAGAGCCCCACAUUAAUUACACCUUCGCUGUGGAAGCCCGGAAUGGCGUCUCAGGCCUUGUGGCCAGUCGGAGUUUCCGGACAGCCAGUGUCAGCAUCAACCAGACUGAGCCCCCCAAGGUGAAGCUAGACAGUCGCAGCACGACCUCCCUGAGUGUGUCCUGGACUAUACCUCUGAGGCAGCAGAGCCGGGUCUGGAAAUACGAGGUCACCUACCACAAGAAGAAAGACACCAACAGCUACAAUGUUCGCAGGACAGAGGACUUCUCCAUGACCCUGGAUGACCUGAUGCCAGGCACCACCUACCUGGUCCAGGUCCAGGCCCUAACUCAGGAGGGCCAGGGGGCUGGCAGCAGAGUCCACGAGUUCCAGACCCUCUCUACUGAAAGUUCAAGCAAUGCGGCUGUGAUCGGUGGCAUCUUGGGUGGCCUGGUCCUGCUCCUGGCCCUGGCCCUGGCGGGGCUUUUCAUCCACCGAAGGAGGAAGAACCUGCGGGCUCGACAGUCAUCUGAGGAUGUCUAUUUCUCUAAGUCAGAACAACUCAAGCCCCUGAAGACCUACGUGGACCCCCACACCUAUGAGGACCCCAACCAGGCUGUGCUGAAAUUCACCACGGAGAUCCACCCCUCCUGUGUCACUCGGCAGAAAGUGAUUGGUGCAGGUGAAUUCGGGGAGGUUUUUAAAGGGUCACUGAAGGCUUCAGGGAAGAAGGAAGUGCCUGUAGCCAUCAAGACCCUCAAGGCAGGCUACACAGAGAAACAGAGGGUGGACUUCCUGAGCGAGGCCAGCAUCAUGGGCCAGUUCAGCCAUCACAACAUCAUCCACUUGGAGGGAGUUGUCUCCAAAUAUAAGCCCAUGAUGAUCAUAACAGAGUACAUGGAGAAUGGUGCACUGGACAAAUUUCUCCGGGAGAAGGAUGGAGAGUUCUGUGUGAUCCAGCUGGUGGGCAUGCUCCGGGGCAUCGCAUCGGGCAUGAAGUACCUAGCCAGCAUGAACUAUGUGCAUCGGGACCUGGCCGCCCGCAACAUCCUAGUCAACAGCCAGCUGGUGUGCAAAGUGUCUGACUUUGGACUCUCCCGGGUCCUAGAGGAUGACCCCGAGGCCACCUACACGACCAGCGGUGGGAAGAUCCCCAUCCGAUGGACAGCGCCGGAGGCCAUCUCUUACCGAAAGUUCACCUCAGCCAGUGAUGUAUGGAGUUACGGGAUUGUCAUGUGGGAGGUGAUGAGCUAUGGAGAGCGGCCUUACUGGGAGCUGUCCAACCAUGAGGUGAUGAAAGCCAUCAAUGAGGGGUUCCGGCUGCCGGCGCCAAUGGACUGCCCCUCAGCUAUCUACCAGCUAAUGAUGCAGUGCUGGCUGCAGGAGCGCACAAGAAGGCCCAAGUUCCCUGACAUUGUCAGCAUCCUGGACAAACUCAUCCGGGCUCCAGAGUCUCUUAAGACCCUGGCAGACUUUGACCCCAGGGUGUCCAUCCGACUGCCCAGCACAAGUGGUUCCGAGGGCAUUCCCUUCCGCACUGUGUCUGAGUGGCUCGAGUCCAUCAAGAUGCACCAAUACACAGAACACUUCAUGUCAUCCGGCUACAAUGCCAUCGAGAAGGUGGUGCAGAUGACCAAUGAGUCCCUUACCUUACCUCUCCCCCUCCCUCUACUCCCAACCUCCACCUCCCUCCCACAGCUCCCUAAAUCCUCCUCUUGCCCUCCAGUUCCCACUUCUCCUUCUCUUCCAAACCUUCCUUCCCUCCUUCCCUCCCUCCAGUCCCUAACUCUCCCUCCUUCCCUCCCUCCAGUCCCUAACUCUCCCUCUCUCCCUCCCUCCUGAACAGCGACAUCAAGAGAAUCGGGGUCCGCCUGCCUGGCCACCAGAAACGAAUUGCCUACAGCCUCCUGGGUCUUAAGGAGCAAGUGAACACCGUGGGGAUCCCCAUCUGAGUGGAGCUACCCAGUGUAGGACCGGAGGAUGGGCCCAGGGAGGAAAGAUGUUCCUGUGCCCCGCAACCCCUCCAUUCUCCUCCACAAAUGGAAAAUACUUGAAGAAACUCAGAAUGAAAACAAACCAUGGCCUCCUCCCUCCUGGAGGAAAACUGGCUGCUACGUAAGGAGAGGGCUUCGCCAUCUUCCGGGCCUCUGCAUUAUUUUCCUGGACCCUGGGCGCUCUCUUCGUCAGACACAGGAAGUUCCUCAUGGAUGCCGCCCGGGCUUCAAUGUACAAGGGCUUCCUAACCCCUUGCUUGGGGUGUCUGAUGCCCCUCCGCCAGGCCGGAUUACUACUGGCGCAACAGCCUGUUUGAGGCUUUUCUUCAGACUGGUUCUGUGUCUCUGAGAAAGGGCCUCGACCUUGAUGGGCAUCAAGCACUUAAAUGUAUCUAUCUUUGGGGAAAACAAACCCAUUGACUCUUGUGGCAUUUUCAAAACUGCUUUGUGGGCUUUUUUUGCCCAUAAGGCAGUGGGGAGGGGGUGGUCCAGGUCUCGACCAUCACCAUGGGGGAAAGGUACCCCAUCCCCAUUCACUCUUUAUAAGAGAACAGAGCCUGAACUCUUGAAAAGUUAAAAACCCAAACAGCACCAUGGAGACCAGACCGCAGACGGAUAGACAAACCGACUGAGGAGCCUGGGUAUCCCUCUUCCUCGUCCUCUCCCAUUCUCUGUAAUUUGGACCAUCCCUUCCCACUUUCCUCUCAUUCUCCAGCCCAAAGUCCUGUUUGGCUGUCGCCUAGAAAGUUUUCAUUGGGUAGUAUUUUUAUUUUAUAUAUUUUGUACUUCAUAGAGAGUGUGUUUGUGUGGGACCCUGCUGGGGGUGGGGGGAGACAGUGGGGGGAUGGGAGGGUCCUAUUUCUGACAUUCCUGAGUCUGGGAGGAAACAGGCUGGCCAGGCUGCACAGUCAGAUGCUCUGACUUCCGAGGGAUGGUCUUCCUUUUCCUCCCUCUCCGUUUAUUCCGGCCUCCUGCCUUACUCCCCUCAAUGAUGGUCACUAGUCUGUCAGUGUUAAUCUUUGCAAGGUUGAUGUUUUAUGGGUUAUUUUUUUUUGGUGACAUUAAUUUAUUAUUUUUUAUAUUUAUUGUUAGAAAUUAAUUAUUUCUACAUUGAAUUAAAGUUGCGAUUGGUUUCCAAAUA